AUGGCCUGUUGCUCCACUGGCUUCUGUGGAUUCCCCAGCUGCUCCACUUGUGGGAACUGUGAUUCCAGCUGCUGCCAGCCAAGCUGCUGCCAACCGAGCUGCUGCCAGCCGAGCUGCUGCCAACCGAGCUGCUGCCAGCCGAGCUGCUGCCAGACCAGCUGCUGCCAACCGAGCUGCUGCCAGCCGAGCUGCUGCCAGACCAGCUGCUGCCAACCGAGCUGCUGCCAGCCAAGCUGCUGCCAGACCAGCUGCUGCCAGCCAAGCUGCUGUGGAACCAGCUGUGGCACUGGCGGUGGCAUUGGCUGUGGCCAGGAGGGUGGCUGUGGAGCUGUGAGCUGCCGUGUCAGAUGGUGCCGCCCAGACUGCCGUGUGGAGGACACCUGCCUGCCCCCUUGCUGCGUGGUGAGCUGCACACCCCCAACCUGCUGCCAGCUGCACCAUGCCCAGGCCUCCUGCUGCCGCCCAUCCUACUGUGGACAGUCCUGCUGCCGCCCACUCUGCUGCUGCUACUGCUGCCCACCCACGGGCUGCGAGUCCACCUGUUGCCAGCCCACCUGUUAA